UAACGACACCAGACUGACUUGCGGGACAUGAGAGCCAUUACCUGGCGGCAUUUUGAGCCUCUACUUGACUCUGAACAUUAUUCAAAAUGUUUAGAAGAAAGCAAGAUGUUGAUAGACACGUGACAAGCAUCCUUGGAAAAAUCAAGGAUGAAAGAGAGAGAAGUGCAAGGGGAUACCAAAUUGCAAGACUGUACUUUGAAGUCAGGGAAUUUAAGACUGCUCACAGAUACCUAGGGACAUUUCUCAGCGUGCGGAGCUCGGUGCCACAAGCCUACCGACUACUUGGACAAAUUGAAGAAUCACUUGGUAACAAAGAGGGUGCUGUAGAAGCUUACAAAAGGUGCAUUGAGGUUGGUGGCACAGAAAAGGAGCUUACUCUGAAAAUCUGUGAACUGUAUGCAGAAAUCGGUGUGGACCCAGGCAUAGGAAAGUUCUGGUUGGAAAAGGCUGAACAACUUUACCCAUCCAGUGAUGUUAUAUUCAAACUUAAGGAAAAACUCCUGGCAGUGACAAAGAAUGAUGAUGAACUCGAGAAACUGAUUUGUGCUGAGUUGGUCAAAAAGCCAACAGAUGUUCAUCUGCGCAUUCGGUUAUUACGGCUCUAUAUGGCUUCAGGCCGAAUUGAGGAUGCCUACAGAAAUGCUGUGGAAACCGAUAAAACAACAGCAUUCACUAAUGUACUGCCAUGGUACGAGUGUGUCCUUGAUGUGUUUAAGCUGUACCAGCUGGAUAGGAAUUGUAAUCAGGAUCCAGUGUUCAUGCUGCACUAUCUGUUCGUGCUCUGCAACCUCACCUACCUUCGACUGAUCCAUAAGGAUGUGGUGGAAAGUGCAGAGGCCCUUCACAGUUUUGACCAAGCUGUGCAGUCAGCACUGAUCAUCAACAGCCCAAGUGAAGAGUGGGAUGCUUUCAUCAUAGAGAUGCAAGGGCAGUUGUUUUUCUUGGCUGGGACUCUUCUUCUCAAGAGAGCACAGAAGGGCAGCCUCUCCUGGAAUAAUAUAAAACCGUUAGCAGGGGUGUUUUACCUGCUGUGCCAAACAAUACCUACCAUUGAUGCACAGGCCACAUGGUUUGUACGCCCUCCACCUGAGCGAGAGAAGUUAUUAGGCUGGUUAUACAAAAACAGCUUCUUUCGUUUGAGUCAGACAGGUCACACUUUGUAUCAGUUGUGUAAUGAUGACACAGCAACUUAUGCUGAACGACUGCAGCAGCAGUGCUGUUGCCCUGUUGGCCAGGAGCGUGCAUACGAAGCGCUGUUUGUAAUGCGUGAAAUGAGGACAAGUCACACUGGGUCAUAUUUGAUGAACACAUACAAGUUCUGCAAUACCACUCUGAGCAUGCCAAGCCAGUCCCAGAUGUAUGAUGUUGACAGAGUGGCUCACACCUUUCACCCAGACAACCUGUCAGAGUUGGUGUGGAUUUGCUUGCAGCAGUAUUCUUUUGAUGACCCAUUCCAGCCAGACUAUAACUUCAGGUUGUUUGAGACUCUGCAGUACAGUGUUAACAACAUGGAGAAUGGAACACCAGAGUCUUUGUGCCAGCUGGAUACAGAGGCAUUUCUCUAUGCCACCGUUCGCUGCUCGGCACUUCAAGUUAAAGAACAACAAAUGUUUCCUGAACGUGACAUUGCACAGCCAGCUUUGUUGCCCCUUUGUCUUUGCAGAAAGCUGUGCACACCUGAACAGGAACAGUGGUGGAAGACAGCUUGUAGCUUCUACAACAACAGCAUCAAAGAUAACUUCUCCCAAAUGCGACACAUUCUUCAGCAAGGUCUGGAAACUGUGCGUCUGAUAGGAAACCAUGGCAUGAGCGUACCCAUGGUGAUUCAUUUGGCCAAAACAUUUGAUUCAAAGGUGAAGAGCCUGACAGAUGGAGACCAUGGACUGCGUGGCUCCUCUACCCAGCUAGCAGGUCUAGAAAACAGGGCAGCUUUCUAUUGGAGCCAUGCACUAACUAUGCUGAACCGACGUGAUUUAAACCAGAGAAGUCCAGCACCCAAGAUGAGGCUAUUUGAUGAUGGCAAUAGUGCUGACUUGCUUCCCCAUGUUGUACAAACGCUGCAGCAAGAAGCGAGUUUUGCGUCAUCACUCAUUGCCAUGAAAGAAGGGCGAUAUGAGGAAGCUGUGCGUGGUUUUCAGAACAUUGCCACACCCUGGGCUUCAUUUUACAGGGGACAGAUCUACAAAGCUCUAGCUCAGCAGGAGCUUGAUGGGCCAGGGUCUCAUGAGGAGAAGAAGCAGAAGUACGCUGCACUCAUCAUGCAGGCUCGUGAUGCACUAUAUCUUACCAUGGACUACCUUGUUGGCGACAGCAAUCAUGAAUUAAACUUUCUUUUGACACGAGAACUGGAUGAUGUUGAGUCCAAGCUUCACUGUUUUGACUGGCAAAGUGAAAUUGUUGACCAAGAAGAGACCGGGAUCAGUAGCCGACUUGCUACACCCAGACACAGUAACCAUGUAGGCUACAGCACACCCAGACAUCUUCAGAACAACAGUCAAGAUGACUCUGUGUUUGUUAGGCAGUACAGUACUCCUAGAGAUGCAAACACAUCAAAAUCUGUCCGUCAGCGCUUGCUUAUGUCGCUUAAAACAGACAGCCCUAUCCAACACCAGCAGACAGCAACUUCUCAUUUGCGACCAUCCCCAGAACGUCUGGAGGCCCAAAUCAAAUCUAUCAACUGUUCCCAGUCACAACUCUUCCGCAUGGUCCUUGAUCGUAAUGAAGAGCUUGUUGUUAUGUACCGUACCAUGGUGGAUAAACACCAAGAGUCUGAAGCACAGUUAAAGGUUACACUGCAGGAAAAUGGGCAGCUAAUGGAACAGCUCAAGACCGUGCUCACAAAGAACAUGAGCAUCAUGACUGACAUUCAAAAGGACCUGUCUGAGGCUAAAGACGUAAUGAAACACCUAAAAGACAUGAUGAAGCACAUCAGAGAAGAACAGCAGACGCCCAAUGCAGCAGUGCCUAGUCCUGGUCUUCUAAGUGCCCCUGGUCUUGCCCCAGCGCCUGUGGCCCCUGGUUAUUUUAUAAGCUCUGCCUAUCAACCAUCUCAGUUUCCCUACGUGCAGCCGCCAUCCCAGUGUGCCCCACUGAGUACAAGCUAUCGCUACCCUCUUCUUCCUGGAUACCCACCACCUAGACCUCAGGCUCCAUCAUCUGCCCCCCAGCUAAGUGGACUUGGUGGUACAGCACCAUCCAGUUUUGGAAAGUUCCGGGCUGAAGAGACAACUGAAGAUGAAGAAGAAGAUGAAGAGAAUGGGCUUUCCAUGUAUGGAUCAGAGUAUACCAGUGAGGGCUUGCUGCAAGCACCUUACUACGUGCAGUCCGACAAUCAUCUUGUGCAAGACUGGAUGGGACAGUCAGGACCAGCUGCCAUGCCUUACUCACCACAGAGUCAGUCAGCUGUUCAUCAGCCAGGCUACUUUGCGUCGGCUCUCAGAGGGCCAUCACUGCAGUACACCACCACCACCACUUCCACUACCACCACCACCACCCAGGCUGGUGGCACUACUCAGCCUCUCUCCAUACCAGGUCCAGGAUUUUUUUCAACUCCUAUAACCAUGGCAACCACCACUACCAGCCAGUCACAGUUAACCACUGCACCAGCACUGUUGGUGAAAGGAUCAACAAGUGUUUCACAGCAGAUUCCGGUCUUAGCGACAGGGUCUGCAAAGCACAAUUCUUCUGUGACUACAAAUGUGAAGACUGCUGACAUGGAUGGUUCAGUAGUUGUGUUUUGUGACACUGCAAAACUAACCACGAUGAGAGGAACAUCCCCUGUAGUGGAGGUUGUUAUCAAGCAAAAUAUUGCUGCUAAAGAGGGUCACAUUGUCAUUAUCAAAAAGGAGACUGAAGAGGUGAUUAGCCAUAAUGUGGCCAGUGUCAGAGUUCUCCCUUCUUUCAACCCGCUCUUCUUUCUGUGGUCUUUGCAAUCCACAAGUAUAGAGAAAAAAAUGGAUGAAACUUUUAGACUGAGUUUUGAAACGGCUGAGCAAACCAAGAAGAUGCAUGCAACGAUAGACAUGGUAUUCAAGAACAUUGGCCUUUUCCAGGCAUCACCUGCAACAGCCCCUGCAUUUGUUGCAAAAUCUGCCACAAGUACUCCGCUCAAACCAGCCUCCAAGUCCAGCAUAAUGAUUGUACCAACACCAUCAGCCAAAGCUACAAAUCAAGAAACGCCAUCAACCCCUGCGAAUACCUCAGCAGCCAGCAAAACCAUGUUUGGAGGAUUCUCAUUUGUAAGCCCUCCUGUAGUGACAACGCUUGAAGAAACGAAAGAAAAACCAAUAGCCAGCCCUAGAUUCAGUCUUCAUAAAGAUAACUCCACGAAAGUGUCCUCCCCUACAACCACUUCCACCACUACUGAUGUGGCAUCAGCUUCUAGCGUCAAGCCUUUUGCAGGUUUUACCCUCACACCCAACAAGUUGCAGGUCUUUGGGUCCACGGUGACAUCUACAACAUCGUCCAGCAGUACCGUAACAUGUGGUCAGACUUUUGUCUUUGGACAAGGAACAAGUGCUUCUGGGCUAUCUUUUUCAACCCUUGCUGCAUCUCCUCCAGCUUCUGGGUUUGCAAAACCCCAGAGUGAUGCAUCAGGUUUCAAGCUGGGCACUCAACAACUGUUUCAAACAGGGGUUUCACCAGUGAAGUCACCAGGGGGUGAAGGAGUGGAGGAGUAUGAACCCAACGUGGACUUCAAGCCUGUGAUUGAACUGCCGGAGCUGGUAGAGGUCAGAACAGGAGAGGAAGACGAGAUCAAGAUCUUCAGCAACCGUGUCAAGGCAUUUAGGUUUGACUCUGAGGCCAAUCAAUGGAAAGAGCGUGGUGUUGGGGAGUUAAAAAUUCUUCAGUCCAAAGGCAAAGUUCGCUUCCGUAUUCUCAUGCGCCGAGAGCAGGUUCUAAAGGUUUGUGCCAACCACUACAUCUCAAGUGAAAUGAAACUGACUCCACUAAGCUCCUCUGAUCGUGCUUGGUGCUACAUGGCACAGGAUUUCUCAGAAGAAGAGGUCAAGAUUGAGAAAAUUGCAAUCAAAUUCAAGGACACUGAUAAGGCACAGGAAUUCCGCUCUGUGUUUGAGGAUUGCAUUCGUCAGCUAGUGGCAGCAGAUGCAGAAAAGGUGGCAGCAGACUCUGAAAAAGCAACAGAUUCCAAUAUGGAGUUAAGAGAGCCUUUACCACCAGCAGUAAAAGCUCAGGACAAAAAUGCAACACAGACAAAGUCGCUCUCAGAGAUAUUUAAACCAUCUGAGGGCAGUUGGGAGUGUCCCGGCUGCCUUAUCGUCAACAAGUCCUCCACACAGCGCUGUCCUGCCUGUGAAACAGUCCAGCCCGGUCUCAAGCCUGAAGAUGUGCCAGCAGCUUCCAAGUCUAGUGCAUUUGGAACAUCGGCGACCUCUAGUGGCAGUUUUGGUAGCUUUGGUGGCUUUAAGUUGGGGCCAGUGUCAGAUGGAGAUAAAGCUGCUGGUGGAGUGGGCUUUAAGUUUGGUACCCAGGCCCAGAGUUCUGCAGGUUUCAAGUUUGGAACAUCAUUGGCACUACCUACUUCACAACAAAAGUCAGGGGAAACACCAACAUCUGGCGGGUUAAGUACAGUUGCUGCAUUCAGAUUUACCACUGGUGAAGGAAGUGGUUUUAAAUUUAGCACCCCUGUGACUUGUGCCUCAUCCACUGGUUUUAACUUUAGCACACCCACAACAUCUGCUCCUGCUGGGUUCAACUUCAGCUCCCUCACAUCUGCCCCUUCUGUGGGCUUUAAGUUUGACAACCCCACAACAACUGCCUUAUCUACAAAUUUUGGUUUUGAAAGUGGUUCCCAGUCAACUGCGGUACUUCAUACUGCAGCUUCCGGCAAAGAGAGUGCUAAUGAAAGUACAGCCAAGACUGGAGGCAGUUUGUUGUUGGAACAGCUCUUGACCAGUGAUGAAACACCGAAAAUAGAGCAGCCAGCUAAAGGAUUUCUGGACACCAAACAGGUUCCUACUGCUUUGGAUCAAACAAAGACCACUGGUUUCCAGUUCAAGUUGGGCAGUCAGACCCCAUCUGAUGUGGAAACCACUGGGCCCACUGGUUUUCAAGGGAAGCUGGGACAAGUGACUUCGCCCAAGUCCAGUACAGGAAGGGAGACAGAUGGCUUCCAGUUCACAUUCAGUCUUACCCCACAAAAAUCCCAUCAACACACUAGUGGUGCUCCCACCACACCCAAGUCACCUGAAGCAGACGAACAGGGAUUCUAUCUCAACAAGGAGGGUGAAGACUCCCAUAUCUUUUUUGAGCCAGUGGUGCCACUACCUGAGAAGAUUGAGGUGAAAACUGGUGAAGAGGAUGAGAAAGUGCUGCUGGAGAACCGUGCCAAACUGUACCGGUUUGUUGAUGGAGAGUGGAAAGAGCGUGGAAAGGGAGUUUGCAAAAUCCUGGAGCAUAAAGAAAGUGGACGCAUCCGGUUGCUUAUGAGGCGAGAUCAGGUAUUAAAGAUUUGCUGUAACCAUUACAUCACCCCCGAACUUGACUUAAAACCUUUGCCCCGUGCUGAAGGAAAAGCAUGGGUGUGGUACGCUAUGGACUUUUCAGAGAGUGAGGGGAAAAUGGAGCAACUUGCCAUCCGCUUUCGAGAUGCUGAUACAGCAGCCAAGUUCAAGCUUGUUUUUGAAGAUUCAAAACUAAAGAUGGUCUCGAAGAAGUCCUUAGAAACUGACCUGGCCACUAAUCUGUCCUCACCAGGCAACUUGCACACGGCAUCAAAGAAUUUCACAGACAGUGAAGAUGAUGUUGUGUUGCUGUAUGAAGAGAAACCCACAGCAGAACAGGUUGAACGUGCUCGUAAACUUAUGCUACCUGACACGUUUUACCUGUAUGAGAACCGGCCUGGCUGUCCAGGAUGCAUCGGGUGUGAAGAUAACUUGUUAACGCAGUCUCCACUGUCCAAAAAAGAUCAUCAGCAGACUGAGAAGCUAAAAGCAGUGAAUGAGGCUGCAUUAGAAAAAUCGACUAUGGAUGGUGUGUUUGGUAGUAGGUCUGCCGGAACCCUGACAUUUUCUGCUCUUGCUACUAAAGCGGAUAGUACUGCAAAUUUCGCCAGUCAAGGAUCUUCACAGCCAUUCCACUGGCAUGGAGCUGGUCAGCGGCUUUUUGGUGCUUCACCUGGUAAGGAUGAUGGUGCUGCUGGGGAAGACACGGCUGAUGGGGAGGUGGCUCCCAGUGAUGACGUACACUUCGAGCCAGUCAUCCCACUUCCUGACUUGGUGCAAGUGAAGACCGGAGAGGAGGACUGGUUGCCUCUUUUCUGCCACCGAGCAAAGCUGUAUCGAUUUGAUGCGGGCCAGUGGAAAGAGAGGGGCAUAGGUGAAAUGAAGGUCAUGCAACACAAAGACAAAGUGCUGUUCCGAGUGCUGAUGAGGCGUGAGCAGGUGUUGAAAGUUGCAUGCAACCAUUUGAUCAACACCACCAUGGCACUGAAGCCCUUGGCAACAUCAGAAACAUCAUGGUGCUGGGUGGCCAAUGACCUCACAGACAGUGAACCUCGCACGGAGCAGUUUGCCAUCAAGUUUAAAAAUGCUGAUCUUGCCAGAGAGUUCAAGGCCAAGUUUGAAGAAUGCCAGGAGAAACUUCGUCAGAGGACAGAAUCUGACCUUGAAGAUCAAGAGGUCAGGGUCUCUUCAUCUCAGCAAGCCAGCCUGGAGUGUGCACCCGAUGCCACACAGCCAGGGUCUGGAGACGGUGGCAACCAAUACUGCAAACAUGAAGUCAACAUUGGAGCCAUGGACAUGUUUGUAGCUGAAAGCCAGGUAACAACAGGAGAGCAUGGAAAUCCAUAUUACUCCUGCGAGCUGAAUGUCGGUGCAGAGGAUGCCGUAACAUCUAGUACUUACCGGAUAACUGGUGAUCGAGGCAACUGGCACCACACACAGGAGCUAAAUCUGGGUGCUGAAGACGCUGUCUCUUCCAGCAGUCAGUCGGGCGCUGGAGACCGUGGCAAUGGAUAUCACACGCAAGCUCUGGAUGUAUCUUCUCUUGACAGCAUGGUGAGCACCUCACAUCAAGUAUUGGGUGAUGGUGGCAACCCUUACCAUUCUCUGGCUCUGGAUGUUGCAGCUGAAGAUGCCAUUGUCGCAGCAAAUUUCCAAGGCACAGGAGGCAGCAGUGGCAACCCUUGUUUCUCCCAGCUGCUUGAUGCUGCAGAUGUUGGAGGUGUUGCAGAUGAGCAUCACCAAUCUCCAAGAGAUGACUGUAGGGAACAGGUUGUGCAGGCUGAGUCAGAAGAGGACAUCUUGGCUGGAGGAAGUGGAAUGUGGCCAGAGCUUGGUUACAGUGAUCACACUGGUGCUGAGCAGCUGCCAACAGUCUUAGGCAGUACAAGUGAAUUGCAACCUGUGAGGUGCACUCAGAAGGGCAAGAGACCUACCAAACGCUGCCUGACUAUUUAUCCCAGCAGGCUGGAGGCUCAGAGGACUAGAGACACAGAGGAGUACCAUGAAGAUUAUGAGUAUGAAGAUGAUGAUGACGAGGAAGAUGAUGAUGACGAUGAUAACUCAGAUGAAGAAGCUGAAGCGAUUUUUGAGAAGCGUAUUACUCUGAUGAACUUGCCAUCUGGUAGUGAGACGUGGAAGAAACUGGGGAUGGGAGUGCUCCGCAUCAUUUAUGACGAUGACGUGAAUGGAUACAGCCUUCAAGUUAUUUCUGAUGAAAACAAGAAACUUUGCACUCACAUGAUUUGUCAAGAACACACCAUUACUGUAAAUACCAAAGAUAGGAGCUGUGAGUGGCAUAGCUUGGACUUCUCAACAGACGAGCCAGUCAAACAGCACUUUAGAGCAUGUUUCAGUUCCCCACAGGCAGCACAGGAAUUUGCCGAGAAGUUCACUGAGGGUCAGAAGCUAGCUGUGGAGUCUGGGUUUGGAGAGUUGCAGCAAGCGGCUGACUUUUUCAGAUCAUAGAUUGCUGAGAUUGUGCAGCUUGCUACAAGUUAUGAUGCUUAUUCUUACCACUGUUCAUGAAAGAAUAAACUUGAAACCUUUCAGUGGCUAAUUCAGUUGAUCGUCUUAAGAAGCACUCAGAAGCCUUGUGGUGACUUAAGUACCUACUAUCAUGCUGUUUCUCUGUGACACAAGACUGCUGUAAAGUGCAUUGGUGGACUGAAAAAGUUGGUCACAGCUGAGUUAGCAGCCUACCAUUUUAUGUAGAUUUUACAUGUUUUGUACAUAUAUUUCCUUGAGGAUGAAUGCAGUUGUAAAAUUUAUCAACUGUUCAUGAACAGUACCAAAAGUCCUAAUGUUCCCAAUAAUUUUAUAAACAUUUGCCUUCUGUUUUGGUCUGAAGACCUCCCUUUCCAAACUGAGACUUGAAAAAUUUAAUAGUCUCAUUUUCUGUUGUUCCAGUAACGCUGAAAAUGUUUUCUGAAUGUAGGAUGCAGUAAUGACACUUUAAAAAAUUAGCCUUAAGGCUUGCAUGUUCCUUUAGUGUUGAUAGCUUACUGACCAUACAUUCAUGCACAUUUGUAGGGAAGUGGGUGCAGGGAAGAGUUUGAAAGGACUGUACCUCUACUGUGCCAACAGUAGUGACAUAAACAACUUUAGCUGUUUCAGUUGUAAGCUUAUGUAUUGGGUAAAUCAAAGCUGUUUCACAUAUGGAGUAAACGAAAGAUAAAACCUAUUGCUUUUGCUGAAUAGUUAAAAUGAUCAUGGUCUUUAAUGUUUGGAAUGUAGUGGCUGAAAUGAUGAUGUUCAAAAAAUAUAAAUAACAAGAUGGGGAUAUGGAUAAUGGUUGUAUUCAGGAGUUUAUCCGAGGUAUAGAGGUCAACAUGUGGGCAUUGUACAUCCUUACAACUCAGUUGUUUGGCAAAGACUCAGGAAGGGCAGUCCUUGCUGUUGAACAGGUUCAGUGAUGAUGCACUGUGCAGAAAACUGGAUUUAAGAGUUCUGUAAAACAUCUUCUAUGUCUUUUGCACUUGGUUGUCAAAGAUUACAGCCUGAAAUGGUACUAACAAUUCAGGAGACAACUUUAGAAAAAAAAAAACCUGAUAAAAUGAUUUGUGUUCAGCCUGACUGCAUAGCAGAAAUAUGUAAAAUAAAAAGAUCAAAACAUG